AUGAUCUGUUUCUCUCUUUGUUUUUCAGUGCUGGCAGCAACAUGUUUACUCAUGAGUUCAGGUAAAUCCACAAAGAGGGUGAUCACCUGUGAAAGCCCCGACUAUGUACAACACCUGAGCUGUGAGACAGGAGUGAUCAUUGUGCAGUCAGCUCUGUACGGACGGGCCGAUGCAGAGACCUGCAGUGAGGGCAGACCUGCAGAUCAGCUUGGAAAUACAGACUGUUCUCAGAAAGGCACUCUGGACGUCAUCAAGAAACGCUGUGAUGGCAAGAAGGUGUGUGAAAUAAACACAAACGUCAUCCAUACUUCUGAUCCGUGCUACGGCAUCUACAAAUACCUGGACACCACCUACGCCUGCUUCCCAGCGAGUCUGUUACAGCUUGUAGCAUGUGAGGGUUCAAUAGCAAACCUUCAAUGCGAUGAAGGACAGGUUUUAAUCAUCCAUGCAGCUGAUUACGGGCGCCACGAUACGACCACGUGCUCUUUCGGCCGUCCAGCCUCUCAGAUCCAAAAUAUCAUCUGCUCAAAGACCACGAGCCAAGUAGCUGACAGCUGUAAUGGGAAAAGCAGCUGUGCUGUCAAAGCAAGCAACUCAGUGUUUGGAGACCCCUGUGUGGGCACCUACAAGUACCUGGAGGUGGUGUACAGCUGUAACUGUAAGUAA